ACGGUUCGAAACAUACACGCGACCGCAGGACACACACGUACACACACACACACACGACUCGCGAAGAUACUAAGCGAGGCGUUACCGUUACCGUUACGAUCUCAUUCCGACGCCAAACCGUAUACCGUUAACUCUUUUUUGAGAAGUAUGUGAUACAAUUUCGAACGCUCACAUGUGAAUGACAAAAAAGACUAUUUCUGAGCCAGUUAUCUGUGUGCGUUGCCUGAAGAUGGACGUCUUGUAAUUCUAACGGCAUUUACAAACAUUAACAACAAUAAAUAAAAACAAUUUUUAUAACUCUUUCGGAAAUUCAAUAAUUAAAUUAAACGUGAAAUGUGCUAAGCAGUGCUACGAAUUGUGCCAUAAUUAUGCAAAGCUGAUCACAGAGACUCAAGUCUACUAUUCAUGUUUUAAUACAAACAGAAAAGAGCUUCAAAGAGGAUAUUUCGAAAUUAAAGUACGCUUUGCUUACGAUAAUUAAUGCAGACUGUGAACGAGGUGCAACAACUUUGAAGCACGUCACGUGAGGCAACAACGCGUUUGCCAGGGCAUGUUAAAGGACGCCGAGGAGCUGAUAAAACGCUGCAAACUGACGUCGCUGCCGUUGGCCCUGCACAUGAACGACUACGGCCGCCAGGUGGCGCCAGCGCCGCUAGCGUUGCCACUGCCGUUGCCGCUGCCCCUGCCACUGCUGGCGAAGCCACCGACGACGAUGACGACGACAGCGUCUAGCAUGGAUCACCAUCAUCAUCAGCAGCAGCAUCAUCAUCCUCAUCAUCAUCAGCUGCAACAGCAUCAUCAUCAGUUGCCGCCACCUUCACACAGCCAGAGCCACGCCCAUGUCCAUGCCACACCGCCCACAACGCCGCCCACGCCGCCACCGUUGCCCCUUAACAUGAGCCAAACGGCAACAGCCACUGCAGCUGCAUCUGCCACAGCAACAACAACUGCAACAACGACGGCAACUUCUAUAACAACCGCAACUGCAACGUCGAGCAAUCGAUCAACGCACAGUCCGCCUGCCACGCCCACCACUAUUGGCGCCAAUUCGACUGCUCCCCAGGAUCAUUACAGCCUGCGCUGGAACAACCAUCAGAAUCACAUCCUGCGCGCCUUCGACGCCCUGCUCCAGACUAAGACCCUGGUGGACGUGACUCUCGUCUGUGCCGAGACCUCGAUACGUGCCCACAAAAUGGUGCUGUCCGCCUGCUCGCCCUUCUUUCAGCGUGUCUUCGCCGAAACCCCCUGCAAACAUCCCGUCAUCGUGCUCAAGGACUUUCGUGGGUGGGUCGUCCAGGCCAUAGUUGACUUCAUGUAUCGCGGCGAGAUCAGUGUUCCCCAGCAGCGUCUGCAGACGCUCAUUCAGGCGGGGGAAUCGCUGCAGGUGCGUGGCCUGGUGGAGAGCUCGGUGCCUGAGCAUACACCCACUCCAGCCGCCUCGCCCGAUGACUUCAACUUGCUGGACACCUCGCUGCUCUCAUCCAGCUUCGAGGACGAGUCGCCCUCGAUGGUGCGGCCACCAGCGGGCAAGCUAAUAAUGCCUUCUCGACUCUUUGGUAAUCCGGCCAGUGCGAUGGCAGCGCUCAGCUUGCGCCGCAAGCGGGAGCAGGAGUCGGAACGGGAGCUGGAGAGUGAUCAGGAGUUGGGUGGCAGUUCGCCGAUGCCACGUCGCAAACAGGCGCGUCCCAGACGCAGAUCGGGUGAUGUGCCUCAUGACUUUGCGCUGAACAAGACAUCGGAGACAUCGCUGCCAGCGGUGGACACAAUUCAGGCUGUGAUCAAGCAUGAGUUGCGGGACGAUCAGGAACCGAGUGAUAAACAGCGUGAUGGGGAGGAUAGUCCCAUGGGAGAAGAGGACGAACCGCCGCAGUCCCAACAGCAACAACAACAGCAAAGUAAUGAGCCUGAGGCAGAACAUGAAACGGAGUUGGAGGAUGUCGAGCGUGGAGAUCGGCAACAGGAUAAGACGGGGAACAGCAAUCAACAGACCGAACAUGAGAUAGAUGAAGAGGACAAUGAGGAUCAAGCGCACGAUCACGAGCUCGAUCACGAACAGGAACAGGAUCAGGAGCACGAUGAUCAUGAACACGAUCACGAUCAUGAGCAUGUGCACGAUCUAGUUGACGAUGAAGGUCCCGAACAGGACGACGACGAGGACGAACAGGACAUCGAAGAGCUUAUACACACGACCAACGAGCUGCGUCGCCAGGCGGCCGUCGCCGCUGCAAAUGCAGCAGCCAUGUCCCCGUGUCCCAGCGAUGGUCCCGAGGAUCUGUGCACCACCAAAAAGGACAAGGACACCAGCAACUCGCACUCCUCGGACGGCGAGAGUAACAAUAAUAAUAACAACAACAAUAGCAGUAAACUGCAGGACAACAAUCAACGCAUCAUGUUGUCCCUCAAGGAUAUCAGACAGCUGAACGCCAAGCCAAAUGCCACAUCGACGCCCAGCCACACGCCCAACUCCUGCACACCCGGCAACGGACUGCUGUCGUUUCCUCCACCUGGUCUGCGCCCACCCGGCCUGCCCGACAGUCCACCCUGUCACAUGGAGGCGUUAGAGGCGCAAAUGCAUGCCGCAGCCGCUGCUGCUGUGGCAGCUGCUGGCGCCGGCGAUCAUCCGUUCCAUCACAUGGAGCAUCAGAUGGAGAUGUCGCUGGCUGCGGCUGCCGCUGCGGCGGCGAUGCAUCAGCGUGAACCGCGUGAUCCUCGCGAGACGCGAGAGCAGGCCAUGCAGCGGGAGCACAAUGCAUUCGCAAGCAAUCUGCUGGGUCCCAUGGGACUGCCACCUUUCCGGGGACACAACGGGGUGCCGCUGGGCGGACCUGGGUCCGGAUGUCCGGGUCAGGCGCCGCAUGAGCGGCUGGAGGACAGCAUGAAUCGGUUGAGUAAGGAGUUCGGCAAGGAGUUUGGCAAAGACUUCGGCAAGGAGUUUGGCAAAGAUUUUGGCAAGGACUUUUGCAAGGAAUUCGCGCCCACAUCGCCAAUGAGCUUGCCCGGACACUUUAAUCCACCGGAUGGGCAACCGCAUCCGCCGUCGCCGCUGCCCUUUCCCGGCAUGUCCUCGGCGUUGACGCUGACGCCGCCGCACAUGUUUGGCCUGGAUUCCCCGUUGGGUUUGUUUCCCCCCGGCAUUGAUCCUGGCAAACUCUACAAUCCGCUGAUGGAAAUGAGCGAUCCACGUGACAUGCCUGGAGGUCCGCCGCCGUUUCUCAAAAAGAAAAUGCCACGCCCCAAAGGACAACACUCGGCGCCACGCGGUGGCCCGCCACGUUCGUGGACAAACACCGAACUGACGGAGGCACUGCAGCAUGUGUGGAACAAGAAGAUGACGACGUCGCAGGCGUCGCGCAUCUUCGGCAUUCCCUACAACUCGCUUCUGAUGUAUGUGCGCGGCAAGUAUGGCAAGAGUCUGAAGCUGGAGCAGCUGCGCAAGGACUGCAUCAGUGGUCCGCCCAUCGAGAUGCUGCAGAUGGGCAUCAGCGGAGGCGGCGGCGGCAGCUCGAAGAGCGAGAAGAAGGAACGCAAGGAGAAGGACAAGGACAAGAAUGGUUCAGGCUCCAACUCGGCCAAUUCCAGUGGCAACAAUGGCUCUGCCGGCAAUCCAAAUGCCAGCGGUCCAGGUGGUCCUCCACCCUUGCCACAUCCCAACGAUCUGGGACCUCUAGGUCCACUGGAUCUGGAGCUGGGACUGCCGCUGGGUCCGCCAGCUGGUCCACGCAGCGGCAGCUCGGAGCCGGAUCUGCUCAGCGGUCCCAAUGCGCUGUUCAAUCCUUUCAAUCCGCAAGGCUUCUACCCGGACUUUGCCGGCGGCUUCCCUGGACUGCCGUUGAGCAUGCUGAAUCUGCUGCCGCCAGCUGAGCGGCACCAUGCCGCUGUGGCCAUGCACCAUCUGGGUGUCAGCAUGGAUGAGGACUGCAAGUCGGUGGGCUCGAAGCAGUCCUCCUCGCUGGACGAUGACUUUGCGGCCUCCGGUUUGCCACUGGCCUUGGAGCAGCGACGCCACAGCGAGGUGGGAAGCAAUGGAGCGCAGGCGUUGGCGCAGGCAAAUGGUGCUGGGCAGGAUUGAAAUAUGUGGCGGGAUUGGGCUGCCAACCCAAUGUUCUUCCCGCCCUACGAGCUGGACGAGGCUGCCAACCACCACUCACCACCCGCCCC